GUUUGAAGUACCCGGUGAAAUGUAAACAACUUGACGUGUACUUAUCAGACAAUAACAAAUUUAGAACUUUGUCAUCUGCAUUUUGUUUUACGAAAUAAUAGUAUGCAUAAUGGGAUCUGUUUUAUGGAUACCAACUGUCCUGGGACUAUUUACUGCUUAUUUAUACAUUCUAUCCACAAAUGUCCCGGAACUAAAGGGUGAAGAAGAUAAAAAUGCAAGAUUAACAUUUCCAUCCAAUUUAGAAGAGUUGACAUCAUUAGCCUCCACACUGCAGCUUUAUAAAACAGAACAUUCACUCUAUGUUUUACUGUUAUUCUGUAGUGCCUACGUAUAUAAACAAACAUUUGCUAUUCCUGGCUCUGUAUUCCUGAAUUUAUUAGGUGGAGCAUUAUUUGGUGUAUGGACAUCGUUUCCUCUAGUGUGUGUUUUAUCAGCCACUGGGGCCUCAUGUUGCUAUCUUUUGUCUAAAUAUUUUGGCAAGCAGCACAUUGAAAGAUUCUUUCCAGAUAAAGUUCACUUUCUACAAGGAAAGGUAGAAGAAAACAGAGACAGUUUAAUGUUUUUCUUGUUAUUUUUACGAUUUUUUCCUAUGACACCUAAUUGGUUUCUAAAUAUGGCAUCACCUAUAGUGAAUGUACCAAUUCAUAUGUUCUUCCUAUCAGUAUUAAUAGGUUUGAUGCCAUUUAACUUUAUAUGUGUGCAAACUGGUGGAAUGUUAUCAGAGAUCAAAUCUACAAAUGAUAUAUUUACCUCAGGGACAUUAUUGAAAUUAGGUGCUAUAGCAGUUGUGGCGUUAGUUCCAGGUAUGAUAGUGAAGAAACUGAAAGACAAGAAACUUAAAUCUGUAUGAUUAAUAGAAAUAUUAUAUUUCGUUUUUAUUUUGAUUGUUAUUUGAUCAUGUUUAUGUCAGUAUUUGUUUUAAGCCUUUGUUAAUGAUACAAUGGACUGGGGGCUAUUUCCAUUAUUCAUGUACUUUGUUACAUUCUAAACUCAAUAAACACUUGGUACAUCUCAUUAUCCAUGGAUCUCAUUGAAAUAAACCCGGAAGACUUCAAAUGGAAAUUGGUUUGGAAUUUCAACAGCUGUACCUCGAGGGUAAAGCAUUACAAAAGUUAUGAGUUUCACUGAAACAUUGUGUUAUGAUAAUUUACAUGUAGAAUGAGUUGUUAUGAUAAUCAUUAAUAAUAACUGACUUUCUUUGACAGGUUUUGAAAAAAUUCUUCAGACAUCACAAACAUUAUGUUUAAAAAGAGAAAGUAAAUUCAGAAAUUAUUGUGUGCACUUAUUAGUGAGAUUUUGAACAAUGGGCAAAAACUACUAAUUAGACUACCGGUAUAAUGUAUUAAAGAAAUGCUGCAUUUAAAUAAUUCUAUCAAAAGUAAGGAUUCAAGUUUUUUUUAAACGUAUAGUCACACUUGUUGCCAUGAUAAAUCAGGGCAUAUGUUUUUGAAUUUACAGUAUUGUUUUUUUUAAUAAAAAAGAGUUUUUGUUCAUGGUAAUUUUUAAUUAUAUAUAGCUAUAGGUUUCGAAUGACGUAAUUUGAGUUGCUUUAUUUCCCUUGGCUGUCAUUUUGGAGGGAUUAACGGUUUAUUAUCUUAUUUCAAUAGUUAUUUGAUUUGACUUACCAAAUUGAAACAUGCAAUACACACAAGUCUGAUAAGAGACCUAACUUGAUCGUAGGGAUGAAUUAAGCAAAGCUAUAUCAAAAUGGUUAAAAAAAACCUGUUUCUAAAGUCUAGUAAUCAGUAUAACAAGUUAAAUUUGGCUAAUUUAUGAAGAAAUUUUCGCAUUUAGACCUCCAACAUGUUGAUAAAAGGGAAGUAACUCUUGUUCAAAUUGUGUCAGUAGAAACCAAUCUAUUGACAGCCUGUGAUCAAUGUUAUUUUUAUCGUGCAAUAUUUAAGAUUGAAGUAUCUAUUGUUUGCUUGUUUAUUUUUUAUUUGUAAUUUUUCCAAUGUUAUUGAAUGUCAUUGAUCUAAUUCAGGCUUUGGCCCAAUUUAGAAUUUUUGCUUCAAGGGGCAUGACAUUACAUUUACUUCAAGGGGCGUGACAUUUCAUUUACUUCAGGGCGUGACAUUUCAUUUACUUCAGGGCGUGACAUUAUUAAAUUUACUACAAAGGGUGUGACAUUGCAUUUACUUCAAGGGGCAUGACAUAUAUUUACUUCAGGGGGAUUGACAUUAUAUUUUGACACUAUGUUGAUUUGUGGACGAGCAAUUUGCUUUAUUUAUUAUUUUGUUCAAUGAUGUAGGUGUUUACACUAAUACCUAAAUCUACCCAUAUAAUAUAAAUUGUAAUACUUUAAAAUUUGUAAUCUUUAUUAGCAAUAUAUUAAACAUUCUAUGAUUGUUAAUGAAUAAAUCAUGGUGUCACAACUGUUUUUAUACUGCAGGAUAAAACACUAAUUCAUUGCCCCUUUGAUUCCUAUAUGAUCUUUCGACUGUAUCUUUGCUAAAUGUAUGCUCAACAGAAAUCAGCAUUGAAUUGCAUAUAAGAGAAAACUUGUUCCAAGAAGUCAAAACUUGUUGAAACAGGAACUUCCCUUAGGAAUUUCUUAUGCUCACACUCUACUGAUAACUUACUUAUUUACUGUGUAACAUAAUUAUGCAAAUUAUUCAUUACAACUUUAAGAAUAUCUGUAAAUUUUCAGCUUUCAGUUGAUACAAAAUUUGCAUAAAUUGAAAUUUCUAGGAAGUUUCUCUUCAAUAUAAAUAAUACAUUAUAGUUUUACGCAACUUCAACUUGUCUAGAAAUUGUUUUUAAGUCUCAUAAAUAAUUUUGUCUGCAUUGAAAGUUAGACAUUAGGCAACAAUCAGUUACCAAAAGUAUGACUGUUUGCAUGUACACUGUGUGUGUUUUUUUUUUAAUAUACUAUUAUAGUGUAAUACCAUAUAUAUUUUAUUUGGUUGUUAAUUGUUUCUAAUAUGUUGAAUUCCUUUUGAAAUAAAACAAAAAAUCACA